AGAAUAACAAUGGCCAUGACUACUAGUGAGGAAGAAUCAUCAAUCCCCAACUCUUUCGACAACAAAAACGGCUUCAACCCACAAACCGGAAUCUACCACUCGCUAGUCCAACUCAACGAGCAUCAAAAGAUCCCUUCUCACCCUAACCUCGACAUCGCCACUUACGUCCUCUCCCACUUCCCACCACCGGACAAAGCCGAAAAACAAGUAGCGUACAUCGACUCCACCACCGGCCGCCGCCUCACCUACGCCCAACUCCACCGCUCGAUCACCUCCCUCGCCUCCGGUUUGUACCACGGCCUCGGCCUCAGAAAGGGCGAUGUCGUCUUUAUCCUAUCCCCAAACUCCCUACUCUACCCUAUCAUAUGCCUAGCCGCACUCCACAUCGGGGCAAUUAUCACAACCGCCAAUCCGCUCAACACCGAACGAGAAAUCGUCAAACAAGUACGCGAUUCGCGCGCAACACUGGCCAUCUCGGCCCCAGAGGAGACACACAAGCUACUCCCCACUCGAGUGCCUAUUCUACUUACCGCUAAAAAAGACGGUCAACUUUCAGUAGAAGAGCUAAUUGAGAAUUGCGAAUAUAUAGAGAUUCCGGAAGCAAAGCCAACUCAAUCUGACGUGGCGGCAAUUCUCUACUCAUCGGGGACCACCGGAACUAGCAAGGGAGUGGUGCUAACGCACUCCAACUUCAUCUCUGUCGUCACACUGCUCAAGUGGUCCGUGGACGUAACAAACGCCCGCAAAGAUAUCUUCCUAUGCUUCAUACCUAUCUUCCACAUAUACGGGCUAGCGUUUUUCGGGCUAGGGUUAGUUUGCACGGGUAACACAAUCGUUCUAAUGAAAAAGUACGAUUUCCAAGAAAUGCUCGAAGCCAUUGAGAAGCACAAGGUGAGUAACAUACCCGCAGUUCCUUCGGUUAUACUCGGCCUAGUCAAGUACAACGGAGGAGGAAGACACUAUGACUUGUCUUCUCUGCGACGAGUGGGAUCGGGGGCGGCCCCCCUUAGCAAAGAGGUGAUCGGAAAGUUCCGGAUGAAGUUCCCGCGGGUCGAGCUUAGGUCGGGCUACGGUUUGACCGAGAGUUGCGGAGCAACUACUUUAUUUUCUUCUGACGAGGAAGCGGAGGCUCGCCCCGCCUCGUCAGCGAGGUUGCUCCCGUGUUUUAAGGCUAAGGUGGUGGAUUUCGAGACUGGAUUAGCUUUGCCGCCGUACAAGGAAGGGGAGUUGUGGCUGAAAAGUCCAACGGUGAUGAAAGGGUAUUUGGGGAAUGAGGAGGCGACUGCUGCAUCGUUUGAUUCGGAAGGGUGGUUGAAAACGGGCGAUCUUUGUUAUUUUGACGAUGAAGGGUAUGUUUAUAUAGUGGAUCGGAUAAAGGAGUUGAUCAAGCACAACGGUUAUCAGGUGGCUCCUGCAGAGUUAGAAGCAAUACUAUUAGGACAUCCUCAUAUACUUGAUGCAGCAGUUAUACCAAUGGAAGAUGAAGCAGCAGGACAAAUACCUGUAGCGUAUGUUGUCAGAGCAGAUGAUGCUAAGCUAACAGAAGAUCAAGUCAUCCAAUUUGUGAACAACAAGGUAGCACCGUACAAGAAAAUAAGGAGAGUAAGUUUCAUUAGUGCCAUACCAAGGUCUGCUGCAGGCAAAAUAUUGAGGAGGGAUUUGAUAUCACAGAGCAAACAUCAAAUGUUCUCCAAAUUAUGAAGUAAGUUCCCUUCACAUUUUGUCGAAAAGAAAAAGAAUCUACGGAGCCUUAUGAAGAGGUGAUGGAGGAAAGUUGAUGUAAAUUUUCAAGUGGAAUGGCUGUGUGUGUAAAAUAAUAUGAAUUUUGUGAUGUGUUUUUUCGUCAAUAAAAGUGGUUCAAGCCUUGCAUUCAAUAGGUAUGGAUGUUCAAAAAAUAAUUGUCGAAUAAAGUUGUGAAAAUAUGCAGAUAUGAAUGUUUUGGUGAUUGGUGUGGUUCUAAAUUUCAAAUAAGGUUCACUAUGUCAAAUAACCUAAGAAACAGACACUUACUCUGGUCCGAAACAAAUCUGUAAGAACGUACUCAAUCCAGUUUUGAUACAAGUAGAAUAGCCUUCUUUAGCUCUGGUGAAUGGAAGUAUCACAUAAAUAAAUAAUUAAGGAAUAAACCAAAAUACAUAUGCCCUAUGAUUACAUGAAACAGCAAAGUAAUUUAUUCUUAAAAACUAAUUCAAGAAGAA